GUUCCGCAGGAAUUUUGUAUACUGUGCCAUAUUACGGGACAUGGACGCCAAUAGCAGUAAUAAUAAUAAUAAUAUUAGUAAUAAUAAUACUAACAGCAACAGUAAUGCAAAUGGUCCCAACGAAGCAUUCAAUUUUGACUAUACCUUGCCCACCAACAAUGAUGUAUACCAGAACUUAAUGAUGACCGAUGGAGCCUUGUUUGGUACAACUGCUGCUAUUCCCGACAAUCUAUUCGAAUUUAUCACGAAUGACAAUCCUACUUGUCCGCUCGAUCCUGCUGUUCAAAUCGAUUCUGCUGCUACUGACAAUGUCGUGAACAACGAUUUCCAGCCAGCCGCUCUUUCGGGACAACAGCAAACAACAGUUCAAGGACCUCCAGCAGCAGUAGCAGCGGUGGCGGGACAGAAACGGACGCGACAAGACGACGACGACGCACGACCGCAGCCACAACAGACGGGUAACAGCGUUUGUACGACACCCAGCAGCAACAACACCAAAAGCGUCGACGACAGCCAGUACGAACCACCCAAACAGGCCAUGUUCGCCAUUGUUGUAGGCGGCCGACCGUUCCGUCUCAGCUGGGAAUCGAUCAAAAGUGACGGGCCACAGAAUUUCUUUACCGAGUAUUUUAGACGAAGCAAAAACACACGCAUCAUGCAUGUGGAUCGCGAACCCGACGUUUUUAACUUGGUUGUGCAGCAUCUACGCGGCUAUUAUGUUCAGCCUCGGGAUCAGCUCCAGAACCAGGCGCUACUAAGCGACGCUAAUUACUAUGGUUUGAAACGAUUACGUGCCUUCCUCCUCCAGUAUCUUUUUGUGAAUGUGGGUGGUCGUGUAUUUCGACUUCCUUGGUCUUUGUUUCAAAAAGGUAACUUCAAACCUUCCAUUUUUUUUUCUCACUGCUGUUUUAUCUAAUGAGUAAAUAACUAGAUGGAGAGUCAACAAACUACU